CCUCUCACCCCUCCCUUCAGACGUACCUUCCCUUCAAGCUUGUACCAGUGACCAGUUUGUCAGAUCUUGGUUGAGCCGUCAUGAGGAGACUGCUGCUGCUGGGGCUGUCGGCCUUCUGUCUGUGUGCGUUUGUCGCCGCCGCCGAGCAUCGUGAGCGACAGGGCGACAAACCUCUCCCCGAGGAGGACGGCGUCCUGCAGCUGAACGAAGGGGAUUUCGAAAGGGCGCUGAGAAAACACAACCAGCUCCUGGUGCAUUUCUAUGCUCCUCUGUCUGCAGAAAGCCAUCAUGUAUCAGCAGCUUUUAAAGGUGCAGCUGCGGAGCUUCAGGGGUCAGAGGUCAAACUGGCCGUCGUCGAUGUCUCAAAGGAGAAGGAGCUGGUGAAAGAUCUCAACGCCAAAGGUCCUCCAAUAAUCAGGCUGUACCUGGGCGGAGACAAACAGAACCCUGUCCCCUGCCCUGUUCCUGUGAGUGCGGCGUCCCUCCUGACCUGGCUGAAACGGAGGGCGGGAUCUGCUGCUGACCUCAUCACCGAUCGCAGCCUAUCAGAGGCCUCAGAGGAGCUGACGGUGGUCGGAUUCUUCAAGGAGCUGGAUCACGAGUACGUCCAGGUGUUCUACUCUGCAGCCAUGGACCUUCCUGACGUCAGCUUUGCUGUGACACAGAACAAUGAAGUUAUCAGUAAAUAUGGUCUCACCCAUGAUGUUGUUCUGCUGCUAAAAAAGUCUAAGCUCAUCCAGGCUUAUAAAAUGAUGCCUCAGACAUCUAAAGAGGAGCUGAUCAUCUUUAUCACUGUCUACCAGAUGGACCCAGUCACUGAAUACACCGGAAAGACGGCCAAUCAGAUCUUAGCCUCGCCUGUGUUGAACCACGCCCUCCUGUUUGUUAACGAAAGCUCUGCAGACUUCAAAGAGAUUCACUCUGCCUUUAACGCUGCUGCAGGGGCGUUCAGGCUGAAGAUUUUAUUUGUGUGGGUGAACGUGUUCGAGCCUCGUAAUGGCCGGAUGAUGGAGUAUUUCCGAGUACGGGAUUUUGAGGCUCCUAUCAUCCGAUUGGUCAACCUGACAGACCAUGUGACCUAUCACCUGCCCUCUGACUCUCUGGACGUAGAGACCAUAAAGACAUUCUGUCAGUCCUACCUGGAGGGCAAAGCUAAGCCGAAGCUGCAGAGCGAGCCGGUACCUGACGGGUGGGACACCAAGCCGGUGAAGGAGCUGGUGGGAAUGACUCUGGAGAAAGUCGCCUUUAACCCCAACAAGACUGUUUUUGUCAUGUUCUAUCUGCCGUACAGUCAGGAAUCCAAGGCUCUGUUCCCGCUGUGGGAAGAACUAGCCGAGGCCUUGAAGGAGCGAGAGGACGUGGUGGUCGCUCGCAUCGACGCCUCCGCCAAUGACAUCAACCUGUCGAUGCAGGGACGCUGCCCGUCUCUCGGCCUGUUUCCUGCUCUGUACGCUGAGAGGAUGGUGGUUUACAAGGGGAAAGUGAAGGUGAAGGACCUGGUUAAGUUUUUAGAUAAAGAGAUGGAAAAAGCCAAAAAGGACAGAGUCAAGGAGGAUGAAGACAGGAAGAAGUACAUCGAGGCCGCGAAAGCUGAGGAGGCGAAAAAUGCAGACAAAACCAAAGACGAGCUUUAAUAUCAGAAUAAAGAGACGUGUGUGUGUGUGUGUGUGUGUGUGUGUGUGUGUGUGUGUAGGACUCUCUAAACAUGGAUCUUGUUUUAUCUACUCAACCACACUGUCCUUAACCGUGUGUGCGAUCAGGUCUAAUAAAGUCUUCCGUUAAAAACUCA